AUGGAAGGCGUCCUGCAAAAAAAAUCACUCAUUUCAAAAAAGAAUCGUGCUGCUCCAAUUACUUCACAUGCUUGUGUCAAAUGGGCUAAGGAACAUAUUAGUUGGACUCGCCAGCAGUGGAACAAAGUUCUAUUUUCUGAUGAAUCCAAGUUUAACGUGAUGGGAAGUGAUGGUACUAAGUAUGUCAGACGUCCAGCCAGAAAAAGAUUCCAUCCCAUGUAUCAACUGCCCACUGUAAACCAUGGUGGAGGAAACAUCCUGCUUUGGGGUUGCUUCAGUAGUCAUGGAGUCGCACCUCCUCGCCAAUUUCAUGGGAAUUUGGACAGAUUCGGCUUUGAGGAGAUCUUGGAAACAACAAUGCGUCCAUUUGCUCUUCAAAUCAUUGGCAGAGGAUUCAUCUUUCAGCAAAACAAUGACCCGAAGCGUAUAUCCUCGCAUAUUCGUGACUGGUUCAACCGACGUCGUGUGAAAGUUCUUGACUGGCCAAGUUAG